AUGGCUUUAAUCAACAUCGACGGGGAUCCCUGGCUGACUGAACUGGAUGCGUGCGAGAACCUGAGCAACGAUAUUCAGUCCCAGCUAGCGGCACGCAACAGAGAAAAUCAGCUAUCCCGCGAAUAUGGCGUGCUGUCCGGUACGGUGCGUGUGCGGCUGAAGCAACUCGGCAGUGAGCUGGAUCAGUUAACCCGAAAGCUUGGGCUCAUCUCGAACACACUCACGUCUGGGGAAGCCGAACGGAGGCAGCGCAAAAUAGAAGCCCUACAGUCGAAGCUGAUUCAAUUACAGCGUCAAUUCACAUACGUCGAACCGUCGGUCGCUCGGUCGGCACUGUUUGAAACGGGUAGCAGCAACCGUUCCCGUGGAGCUUUUGCCGAUGAUGACGAUGAUGAUGAGCCAGCACUGAUACCAUCACAAAGCAACUAUACUGUGGCUGAUCUACGCUCCCAGCAGACAAGGAUUCUGGAAGACCAAAAUGAAGGCCUCGAAGCUCUUUCCCAAGUGAUCGCACGACAAAAGGAGCUAGCAACGAGAAUAGGCGGAGAGGUCGAUCGUCAUAAUGAUAUUUUGGAUGAUUUGGCUCAAACAAUGGAAACGACCGAUGGUCGAAUAAACCGUGAAACGCACCAAAUCGGAACAAUCACCACGCAAGAUUCUACCUGGGGCUAUUGGAUCGUUAUAGGUCUGCUUUUCGUUGCAAUUGUUUUAACCGGUAUUUUCUGA